AUGGCUCGUAUUCAGAUCCCCCUCGACGCUCUGACGUCGCGUCUGAACUUGGGAGACCGCUUCUCAGGCCUCACGUCUGGCCCUUUGACUGGCCGAUUCUCCAACUUGCGGCCCAUCUCCGAGUUUCUUGACUUCAAGCGACUCUCCAAGCCCGCCAACUUCAGCGAGAUGCAGUCGCGCGUCAAUUACAACUUGAGCCACUUUUCCAGCAACUAUGCCGUCGUCUUCUGCAUGCUGAGCCUGUACGCUCUUCUGACCAACUGGCUCCUCUUGUUCGAUAUCAUCCUCGUGGUAGUCGGUAUGUGGUUCAUUGGACGCCUGGACGGCCGCGAUCUCGAAAUUGGCACUUUCCGUGCCACCUCCUCGCAGCUGUACACGGGCCUUCUCAUCGUCGCCGUUCCCUUGGGUCUGAUUGCCUCGCCAUUCUCGACCCUGCUUUGGCUGAUCGGCGCUACCGGCGUGACUAUUCUUGGCGGUCUAGGUGGUCGGCCGCGGGCUCCCAAAUUUGCGCCCCAAUGGGGAAGACCAUCGAGGCGCGGGCGGAGGAAAACUGAUGGGGAUGCUGCGCACUAUAGCUCUAGGGUGGAAGAGCUGGGGACCGAAGGGGACGAAACGGAUGCACAAGGCGUUGGGCUGGCCACGCGGCGAGGCACUCGCUUCGUUAGCGAUUCUCUUCAAUUUACUGGUGUAGACUUGGGUGACCGGGACAGUGGCACGUUUCGCCGCCGACAGUUUGGCGCUUCGGAGGAUGACAGCGAUGCGACUUCAAACGAGAGUGAUAGUGAGGGUGACUCGGAUGAUAGUGAGGAUAGUGAGGACAGCGACUAUCUUGAUUUGUCGGGCUUGAGUCCGGAAGAGAGGGAAGAGGUCCUGGUUCAGUCGGCGAUGCAACGAAUAAACCAGGCUCGAGCCGCUGGCCAGACAGAUGUUCAUCUAAGAAAGGAAGAACUUGAGGCACUUGCACAGCGACGGAAACGUAUGGAAGAGGAGGAGCGAGCGAGACGCAAGAAGAAGCGCCACUCGGGAGGCGGGAGUGAUCGAAAGAAGAAGUCGGAGCAGCGGAUAGCCGUGCCACUUGCGCAGCUCGCACCGGUCUCACGCAAAAAGAAAUCGUCGCUGCCGGCAUCAAUGGAGUUACCCCCAAGACAGGACUCCCUUCCCCGGCAAAUAACAGGCGGCGACCUACCGGCAGAUGGUCGUGACCGACAAGGAUACCCACCCAUGGGAUACUUUCCGCCGCCGUCUGCGUCUCGUUCGCGACCUCGCUCUGGGACAAGCUCAUCGCAACGGCCGCCCAGUCGUGCGCGCGACGAGUACGAAUACAGCUCCUCCCGACCAUCUUCUGCCAGCCGACCACGCUCAUCAGUAGGCUCUCUCCGGGAUGGUCACCUCGAUCCGUUCCAAUACCAGACAGCGAGUCCGCGCGCUCCAUACCCCCCGGGCGCUGCGGGUGCUUCUUCUAGACGGCAUGUAUCGGGGCCUUCCGAGGUCAUGCAUGACCAACGUCGGAGCACGGUGACUCCCCCCGCAGCUAGGAGCAGCCACGGGUCCAGGCGAACCAGCUACGGCGAGGACACCAGUGACGCCCACAGCUCAAACAGCGAGGAGAGCAGCAGUGAUGGCCGUGUCGAGCCGCCGAUUCGGGAGCCAGUGAGUAAGUCCAGGGGAAGGGGUCGGAAUUCGACUAUCGUCGUGGAGGAGUCGCCUGAACGCGUAAGGAGUAAGAAGAAAUCAUCGUCGCCAGUGAAGCGGAAGCAGGUUGCAGGGAAGAAGAAGAAGAAGUAA